UAAAUUACUCAAAAACUAAUUAGCCAGCUGAUAGUCAGUUACACUCAUGCGAUAAGUGUGCAUAACGAUAAACGAUAACUAUUUUAUUUUCUAUCGCUCUAAAACCUAGCAAAAUAAAAUAAAUACAACAAUAAUAUUAAUUGUGAAGCCCACAUCUACAAGUUGUUCUGGUAGCUGGACCUAAUAGCCUCACCCAUAUAACCGCAGCAAAUGUGAAGGCAAGCGCUGCCAGAGCGCCCAUCUACAACAACACGCACAAAAACAACCAAAUUUCAAUUUAACUUUGAACACUUUCCCAGCCAUAAAGAGAGCUCCAGGAUGAAUGCCAUGCGACAGUUCUAUAUGGAAGUGCCCAUAGUAACACGGGCGUACACCACAGUCUGUGUGCUCACAACAUUGGCAGUGCACUUGGAUCUAGUGUCGCCGCUUCAGCUAUACUUUAACCCCACACUGAUUGUGCGAAAAUUUCAAAUUUGGCGUCUGGCCACCACAUUCCUAUAUUUUGGCACCAUAGGUAUCAGUUUCUUUUUUAAUAUGAUAUUCACAUAUCGCUAUUGUCGCAUGCUGGAGGACGGCUCCUUUCGCGGUCGCAGCUCCGAUUUUGUUAUGAUGUUCGUAUUUGGCGGCGUGCUGAUGACAUUCUUUGGCAUCUUUGUCAAUUUGCUGUUUCUCGGCCAGGCAUUCACCUUAAUGCUGGUCUAUGUGUGGUCCAGGCGAAAUCCUUUGGUGCCCAUGAACUUUUUCGGUGUGCUCAACUUUCAAGCGCCGUAUCUGCCUUGGGUAUUGCUGUGCUGCUCCAUGAUAUUGGGAAAUACCAUAUGGGUGGAUAUCAUUGGCAUGGGCGUUGGUCACAUCUACUAUGUGCUAGAAGAUGUUUAUCCCCACCUAUCAAACGGCUUCCGACUGAUCAAGACGCCGUAUUUUCUGAAAAGACUUUUUAACGAACACAUUGAACGCAAUUAUCAAGCAGCCGCCGAAGAUCGUCCUGGUGGUUUCUUAUGGGGCGGCGAGGGGCAGCAGAUUGAACCCGAAGCGCAGCCCAACGACGGACCAGAUGCCCCAGAGCAACCGGCAGCAGCGGCAGCUCAAUAACAAAAAAACAAG